GUCACAAAGAGGAUAAGAUUGAGCGACUAAGUCCAGCUAACCAGCCAGGCAACGCUUAGAAAUAACAAGCAGUGCUUCAGUGAUCAGAAAUGAGUGAACAAUCAGGAAAAAAGAAUUCCAUGCAAGAGAGACCUGCAGGUCAAAAUUCUCCUGAGAAAAAUGGCCAGAUCGGACAGAAGCAACUGCAACAGAUAGAGCGGCAGUUAAAAUGCUUGGCAUUUCAAAAUCCUGGACCACAGGUAGCUGACUUUAAUCCUGAAACAAGGCAGCAAAAAAAGAAAGCACGAAUGUCACAGAUGAAUGAGUAUUUUUCUGUAAACUCCAAAGUCGUGAAGAAGUAUGACAAAAGCGGCAGGCUCAUCUGCAACGACGCGGACCUGUGCGACUGUCUGGAGAAGAACUGCCUGGGCUGCUUCUACCCCUGCCCCAAGUGCAACUCCAACAAGUGCGGGCCGGAGUGCCGCUGCAACCGCCGCUGGGUCUACGAUGCCAUCGUCACCGAGGCCGGGGAGGUCAUCAGCGAGCAGCCGUUUGACAUUCCCGACUAG